AUGCAGCUCUACAGCAGCGUCUGCACCCAUUACCCAGCUGGGGCGCCGGGUCCCACGGCCUCUGCCCCCGCUGCGCCCGCCACAACUGCCGCCCCUUUCAAGGUUUCCUUACAGUCCCCGGGACCCGCCAGCGGUUCGUCGGAGCCCGAGACUGGUGAGUGCCAGCCCACCGCGGCCGCCGAGACUAGGGAAGCCGCUGUUGCCGCCAAGAUGCCCGCCUUCUCCUCCUGCUUCGAGAUGGUGUCCGGGGCCUCCGCCCCCGUCUCAGCUGCCGCCUCCAGCCCGGCCGGCGGGUCCUGCAAGCCACCGCUGCCGCCGCACUACACGUCCACUGCGCAGAUCACUGUACGGGCCCUCGGCGCUGAGCGCCUGCUCCUCCGCGGACCCGAGCCCGGUUCCCCGGCGCCCGCCGCCGCCCCGCGCAGCCGCUGCCUCCUGCUGGCGCCUUCAACCGGGGCGCCUGUGCCGCCGCGGCGGGGUUCCUCCGCCUGGCUCUUGGAGGAGUUGCUGAGGCCCGACGGUCCCGAGCCUGCGGGCCUGGACGCGGCCCGGGGCGGGCCGGAGAGGAACUUCCGACUGAGCGAGCACCGUCAGGCCCUGGCCACCGCCAAGCUCCGAGGCCCCGGGCCGGCCCCCGCAAGCCCUGAGCCCAGCCCGGGCUCGUGGAGCGAGGAUUCGCCGGUGGAGAGGAGCCCGCGGGGCUGGGAGCGGCGUGGAGAGCUGGCCGCCGUGGACGAGGCGCGGCAGGCCGAGGCCGAGGAGCCCCCAUCCAGGAGCGGCGAGGUGGCCCCGAGCUGCGCGGCGGAGGCGGGGGUCGUCUCUAGGUCGGAUCCCAGAGACGAGAAACUGGCCCUGUACCUGGCGGAGGUGGAGAAGCAGGACAAGUACCUGCGCCAGAGGAAUAAGUACCGAUUCCACAUCAUUCCCGACGGCAAUUGCCUCUACCGAGCCAUCAGCAAGACGGUGUACGGAGACCAGAGUCUGCACCGAGAGCUGCGGGAGCAGACGGUGCACUACAUCGCCGACCACCUCGACCACUUCAGCCCACUGAUAGAGGGUGAUGUGGGGGAGUUUAUCAUCGCUGCUGCUCAGGACGGGGCGUGGGCCGGAUACCCGGAAUUGCUGGCGAUGGGGCAGAUGCUGAAUGUGAACAUCCACUUAACUACUGGAGGGAGGUUUGAGAGCCCCACCGUGUCGACCAUGAUCCACUAUCUGGGCCCUGAGGAUUCCCUGAGGCCUAGCAUUUGGCUCAGUUGGCUUAGUAAUGGACACUACGAUGCGGUGUUUGAUCACAACUACCCGAACCCGGAGUACGACAACUGGUGCAAACAAACUCAAGUGCAAAGAAAGCGUGAUGAAGAGCUUGCCAAAUCCAUGGCAAUAUCACUAUCCAAAAUGUAUAUUGAACAAAACGCAUGCUCUUGA